UUCAAUGUUAAUUUCACUUGCACUGCGAUGAGGCGGCAUCAACUGUCUAUUCUGUUUACAAAACGGAGAUUACAGGCCAUGAAAGCUCCCACCAAGGUGUGGUGGGACAUUGAGAACCAAAGGAUUCCCGCUAAUAUGGAAGAAGAAUACAUAGUCCAGGUUGGUCAUAGGAUCAUACAAGAAAUCCGAAACCUUGGCUAUGUUGGUGAUGUCGAGAUCAGAGCUAUAGGCUCUGUUGACAGGAAACUUUCAGAACGCGUUAAAAGAUGUCUGCACAAUCCUAGAAGUGGAGUGAAAUUGUCGUUUGUUGGAGAGGAGGGUUUAGAAGUGGCUGAUGCUGAGAUCAUGAAGGAAAUGAGAGCGUGGUUAAAGGAAACUAUAAAGAGUGGAGUUCCUGGAAAUGUAUUGCUCAUUGUUGGAGAUAAAGGAUAUCUGGCCCUUGUUGAGCAGACGGUGAGAAGCGGAUCAAAUUUCUUUCUUUCUUAUGAUCCUCUCAAUGGUUCGCCUAUUCUGAAGGCAAUGGCGAAGCAUUUCUGGUCAUUGAGGCCACUAAUUGGAGCUCCAGAAGAGCGGGCAGAGAAGCCUAAGUGGCCAAAAAGGAACAAAACGUCAAGACGGAAACCUAUGCAAUAAGUAGCGUUCUUUGUGGCAAGAAGUUCAAAUCAGCCUUUCACAACAAAGGCCAAGCAUUUUGCUGCUAAAUGAAGUGGUUUCUUAAAGCUUCUAUCAAAGUAUUCUUCUGUUUUGGGUUUUGAGUAGGAUUAAUAUGAGAGAUUACCUGUAGUCUCUUUGCAAACCUUUGGAUUUUUACUUUAUGAAAGAGAGCCAGUUACAGUA